GAGGAAACUGCAUGUGAGAAAUCAGCAGCACACACACACACACGCCCGGAGCAUUAACCAUGCUCACGAGAAUCUGAAAGAAAGACAGAGAAGUGAAGGAAGAAGGCAGAGGGAGGGGAAAAGGCAGGUUUAAUGAAUUCAGGCGAGAGGGGAGAGAUGGAGCGUCUGCUGAGGAUCCAGUGGCCGCUGCUGCUGCUGCCGCUGCAUGUAGCUGAGCGUUUGCAGUGAGGACGUCUCUGUGGCUCGCUGGGAACCAGACACCAGUCCUGCACAGUCACAACUCCGCGUCUGUGAGACACGGGCUGGAGGACUGCCUGAGCCGGCAGGGCAGAGACCGGGGAUGGUGGACGGUCUGGGCUGGGAUCAGCAGAGCCCACAGGUCAGCCCUGCUGGGAAACGUUUAUCCACAGAGUGAUGAGGAGUAAUUGCACACCGAUGAAUCUGUGGACCUGCGCCUGACCGGACUUUAUUGUCCCUGCUGCAGUGAUACAAGGAACCUGAAGCCAACAUAUAUAAUUUUUUUCUACUUUUUGGGUCUUUUUACAUUUUGGUAAUCGAUGCCAACCUAAAAGGAUUGACCUUCAGCUUCAACCCCCAUCUGUAUAUAUGACCCCCUGUGAACUGUAAAACGACAGGGACGAUAUCAGAGAACUUCUCAUUUGUCUUUUUACCCAACUCGAUGCGAGGAUAACCAUCACCCCUCCACCCCCAACCCAACACACACGCAGGGACUGGUGGCACUUGAUGUAGCGACCAUAACGAGCUGCUUUCAGGAAGCAUGGGAGAAACGAGCUGGGUGUCUCUGAGCCCGGCAGAGUUCAACCAGCUGCAGCAGUACACCGAGUACUCCACAAAGAAGCUGAAGGAUGUUCUGGAGGAGUUCCACGAAGGAGGAGUUCUUUCCAAAUACAAUCCAGCGCAGAUGCAAGAUGUUCUGAACCAACCCAUUGACUAUGAGGGCUUCCAGAUCUUCAUGGACACCUACCUGGAGAACAACAUUCCAGAGGAACUGUGUCAGCAUCUGUUCACCUCCUUCAAGAGCAAGACGGGGCGCUGCUCUCCGGACCAGCCUCAGGCGGGAUCCAGCUUACUGGAUGCCCGUUCCAUUGAUGCAGGCAUCUCAAUUCAGACUGAAGUGGCCUGUGCCCCCAUUACAGGGAUGAAUGGGAAGAGCAUCCUGUCUGAGAUGGGCCUACACACUUCGGAGCAGUCCACUACGAAGAGCUCAGCGGGCUCUGGAGCCACUACGUCCUCCUCACAGCACUCAGGUACAGCGGUCAACACACCAGGGGGUCCCCAUCGAUCACCAGGAACGCAGGUCCAACCUUCAGCUGCCUCCAGCAACGCCCUGAUCCCCAAAGCUAGUUCUUCCAAAACUCCUGGAUCCCCAAACCUCCAGUCAGAGAAGAACAACUCUGAGAAGCAAGUUUCCCUGCGGAAGAGCCCGCCGCCUCAGAAAGACUGCCCACAGACGUCCCUUCAGGUGGUCUUUCUUAAGGACAUCGUCUGCUACCUUUCGCUGCUGGAAAGGGGGACGCCAGAGGACAAGCUGGAGUUCAUGUUCCGACUGUACGACACAGACGGCAACGGGCUUCUGGACAGCUCAGAGCUGGAUCACAUCAUCAAUCAGAUGGUCCACGUGGCCGAGUAUCUGGAGUGGGAUUCAACAGAGCUACGGCCGAUACUGAAGGAGAUGAUGGAGGAGAUCGAUCUUAACCGGGACGGGACGGUCACACUGGAGGAGUGGAUUAGAGGAGGCCUCACCACCAUCCCUUUACUGGUCCUGCUGGGAAUGGACGCGAACGUGCAGGAGGACGGGCAGCAUGUUUGGCGUCUGAAGCACUUCAACAAACCAGCCUUCUGUAACUACUGCCACGCCAUUCUGCUGGGCGUCCGCAAGCAGGGCCUCUGCUGCUCCUCAUGCAAGUACACGGUGCACGAACGCUGUGUGUCCAAAAACAUCGAUGCCUGCAUCAGCACCUACGCUAAGUCCCGCAGGCACACCAAUGUUAUGCAGCAUGUUUGGAUAGAGGGGAACUCCGCGUUGAAGUGCGAGCGCUGUUACAGGAGCAUCAAGUGCUACCAGAGCCUGACGGGCCUGCACUGUGUCUGGUGUCAGGCCACGUACCAUAACAAGUGUGCGUCCCAUGUGAAGUCUGAGUGUGACGGAGGGAGCCUGAAGGACCACACCCUGCUGCCAUCAUACAUCUGUCCUGCGGUGCUGGAUCGUCAUUCCAUGGCGAAGCACCGGGAGAGCGACUCCACUCCCAACGCCAGCCCUGACGACGCCACCAAGACAUUUAAGUUCCCUUCUGUAGACAGGCAGGCACUGCAGAUCACCCCUCUCCCAGGAACACACCCCCUCCUGGUCCUGGUCAACCCUAAGAGUGGAGGGAGGCAGGGGGAGCGUGUCCUCAGAAAGUUCAGGUACCUGCUAAACCCCAGACAGGUGUACACACUGGAGCACGGAGGCCCCAUGAACGGGCUCAACUUUUUCCAUGAUGUCCCAGAUUCCCGGGUGCUGGCCUGUGGAGGUGACGGUACGGUGGGCUGGAUCCUCGACUGCAUCGAUAAGGCUAACUUUACCAGACACCCUCCAGUGGCCAUCCUCCCUCUGGGCACAGGAAAUGACCUGGCACGAUGUUUACACUGGGGAGGAGGCUAUGACGGCAGCAGCUUGAUGAAAGUUCUGCGGGACAUCGAACACAGCACCGAGGUGGUCCUGGACCGCUGGAACAUCGACAUCAUUCCUGAUGACAAGGAGGAGAAGGGCGACCCCGUCCCUUACAGCAUCAUCAACAACUACUUUUCUAUAGGAGUGGAUGCCUCCAUCGCCCACCGCUUUCAUCUGAUGAGAGAAAAACACCCAGAGAAGUUCAACAGCAGAAUGAAGAACAAGCUGUGGUACUUUGAGUUUGGCACCACUGAGACCAUAUCCGCCACCUGCAAGAAACUCAACGAAUGCAUAGAGUUGGAGUGUGACGGGAUCGUCCUGGACCUCAGCAAUACAUCCUUAGAGGGCAUCGCUAUUCUGAACAUUCCCAGCAUGCACGGUGGCUCCAACCUGUGGGGAGAGACGAAGAAGAGGAGGGCCUACAACCGAAUGAGCAAGAAGGUUGCAGACAAGAUGCCCAGCAGCACCGUCACAGACCCUAAACAGCUCAAGUUCUGCGUGCAGGACUUCAGUGAUCAGCUCUUGGAGGUGGUGGGCCUGGAGGGGGCAAUAGAAAUGGGGCAGAUCUACACUGGGCUGAAGAGCGCGGGACGCAGACUGGCUCAGUGCACCAGCGUCACCAUCAGGACUUCUCGGCGGCUGCCCAUGCAGAUCGAUGGUGAGCCUUGGAUGCAGCCUCCCUGCACGGUCAUCAUUACACACAAAAACCAGGUCCCCAUGUUGCUGUGCCCUUCCCAGAAGACCUCCUUCUUCUCCUUCAAGAAACGCAACUACAGCCGCGAGUAGGACUCAAACACCCCAACUCAGAAACACACACACAUUUAAACGUUACAACUUCCUGCUGCCAAACCACAGCCGUGUUGCUGCCAGGUUGGAUUAUAGACGUGAGAAAUUCAUUUUUGUUCCUGAAGUUGCGCGGCCUUUAGACAUUUUAUUCUCGGAACCUACAGAGGUGACAACGGACGGAACCAACCAUCAUCCUGGAGUCCGAAAACAUCCUUUCCCUCAGCCACUUGAAAACCCGAGUCACACACCAAUACGACCCGGCCAGAUGAGUUCUGCUGCUCGGUCCAGACGGUCACAGGGGCAGGUCAUCCAUUAGAGACCGAAACACUACGACUGGGAGAGAGGAAGGGGGGGGCAGCCAGGUGAACACAGUGAGAUCCUGGUCCUGGUUGAAGUACCCCUAUGAAUAAUGAAACAACGGCUGCUUGUAAGAGCACUCGUCCCCGGGUCUCCCCACAGACUCUCAUCACGCCACAGCAAAGGAAAAGCCUCAUUCAUUAUUAACUGACUGCGCUUGCAGAUUGAUGGCGUCAUGGUGUAACAGUGGCCCGAAAAGGACAGAAGCAUGCAGGGACUUAGUAUCUGUAGUAUCACUGUCCUACAAAAAGAAACCCCUUAGAGCACUUUCUCCGGCUGUGCAGACGAUCCGGCAGAGGCUCCCGGCACGGAAAACUUCCACUACUGCUACGAUAUCAGUCUGGACUAAAAGUAGAUCAUAGAGAUAAUGUGGUUCAGUCUUGCUUUCUGUUAGAAAAGUGAUGCAUGUGCUGUAACACUAAAUUCCUGAUUUCAGUAGAAUCAGGUCCUGUGCACAGUACAACACACACUUCCAGUGACGUCAAAAGCCCUGAGGGCCACUUCUGACUUUUAUUAAUCUAGUUCAACAUCAACAGGUCAAGCAAACCUGUGUGUCUAUUGCAGGGAGGGUCUCUGUCACUAGCUGCGUUCCAUUACAAAUGUGAGCAAAACUUUUGUCACUAUUCUGUUAAUGUUGGGGGGGGGGGGGGGGGGGGGGGAAUCAUUUUGCAAUUGAGUUGUUUCCAUUAAAUAAGAAACGCAAUUAAGAUCACAAGUGAAUAAGUUUAUUCACGCGAUAAGUUGUUCAAAAACACGCCACGCCAUCAUCCUCCAACUACUUCCUGCCAUCUUCUUCUUUGUGGUUUUCACUUACAGCAACAUCCUGUUGCUUGCUGUUUUGCAAAAUAUACUAAUUUUCAGACAGCCAAAGAAAAAAAACACCUCAUUCAUCCUAAUGGCAAAAUUAUUUAUCAAAAAGUUGACAAGGUUCAAAGUUGGCGUGUUUCCAUUAAGCAAGUUUAUUUUUGAAAUGCCAAAUUAUGUGGUCAAUGGAAAUGCAGCUAUUGAGACUUGACCCUUAGUAGUUGAGUCAACUUCGAGGGAGAGCUGCCAAACCUUCAUCGAGGUCUAUCAGGAGUUAAUGCCAUGAAAAAGAAAAUUGCUUGAAAUGAAAAACGUAGUAAUAUUAAAGCUUGGUUUGGUGUUUAUAGCAAAUGUAUACUGUCCCGACAAAAUAUAUUAGAAGAGUAUGUGCAGAUAGAAUAUGUAUAUUUCUGGAAACUAGGUCUUGCCCACAUAUACUGUAAAUGUACACAUGAAUGUCUUUUAAUAUAUUGUUGAAAUGUGGCAAAUUUUGGCUCAGAUCACCGUUCCACUGAUGCAGUCGCUCUCCAAAAGCACUUUUCCAGUCCGUCUAAUCACAUCAAAUGAUAUCAUCAUGGUGCAAAGAAAGUUCACUCCAACUAACUCUAAAGUUUACCAUACCCCAAAACACAUUCUUUGCUAGGUUCUAAAAUGAUUCAAAUCUAACCUCAAGUCUGAGAAAACAUACACCAGGCUCCACACUGUUGCUAUUUAUUAAAUAAAGAUGAAGCUAAAAUGGUAAGGAUGUGCAUAAAAAAAAACAACUAAAAACUUAGCAGUAACUCAGGAGGCGAAGUAGCAGCAAGGCAGCUGCCAAGCUCUCCAGAGGUGGAGGUCUUGGCACAUUUACACCAGAUGGUCAGAGAAACAGCUAAAUAAAAGCAAAGGACCUCCAUGAUAGAUCAUACUGUCAUCAGUUUGCAUGGUGAAUGUUAAAGUUCAUGACAGGACAGAUAUACAGAGAUUCAACGAGUAUGGGUUUCACUGAAGGGAUGCAGAGAGAAAGAUUCACACCUGAGUGAACCACAAAACUGACCAUGAACUCCACAGCCAGUGGCCAGGUCUUCUGUCUGACAGCAGAAGUUUGAAACUGCUUCAUCAACCAAACAAUGACUCCAAAACAGCAGCAAAUCCACAAAAUAAUGCCUGCAUCGAGUCAAAGUUGCAAUGGUCUAGUUGAAGUCCAGACCUCAUUGAAAUUCUGGGAGAUUUCAAGUCAUUCAGGAAAUUCAAGGUAUUUAAUCCUGAAGUUUCCUUUUUUUCAAUUUUAGCUUCAUAUUGCUAAAAUUGUUAAAUCUUUUAUUUAACAAUAAAUAAACAAUAUUUUAUUUAGCAAUAAAAUAUUGUUUAUUUAUUGUUAAAUAAACAAUAAUGUGGAAGCUGUGAUUAUAUUUAAUAUUUCGAGGUUCAAUUGAAACCAUUGUGGAAUCAACAUGGACAAACAGCACUGGUUCCCACAGGUGUGAACAUUUUCCCUUUGAGUUCUUUUAAAAAACUAAAAUAACCUAUUUUUGCUAAAUAGCUUAUCUAGCUACUUUAAAUAGCUAAAAUAAGCUAAAUGCUUUCUAGCCUUUAGCCUUCCACUGUUUGACUUUCUUCACUGCAAACUCACGUGACAUAUUUGCCACUACUUAGGAAACUACUCCUGAUAAAAUUGUGAACAGAACAUCACUUAAAAAAUAUGAAUGAACCCUUUAAUCUCCCAUGACAUUCACAUGAUGUGAAUUGGAUGAUGUGGAAAAGUGUGCUGCUGCAGGGCAGAAGGAGUCCGAGAUGUUCUGACGGCCCAAACUGAGCUCCACUGUAGGGUUGGGCAUUCGAUGCCUUCACACCCUGACUCCCUUUAACAGCCACUGAGUCCGUGUUCAGGCCAGGCGCCAUAGGAACCAGUCGCGGGCGUCACUUCAGCUUCAUUUUGGAAUCUGGGAUGAUGUUCAUCAGUCAGUUACAUCCAUCUUGGCGGCCAGUUUGAUGCUGAAAUGUUCCAAUAUAACAACAGCAUGUACAGAAAAGGAGCCUGGGUGCCAGCUGGACUCAGUGGUUACAGAGUGCAUGUUUACAGUAACUGUACAUUUACUGACAGAAUUGUUUUAGAUGCCUAUAUUACAGAGUGUACAUAUUUGUUUGUAAUAUUUUAUCAGAAGUUAAUUAAAUCACCGCAUGCCUGCUGAGACAAAGAGUGAACAAAUCAGAGUGCAUAGAUCCAACUAAUCAAACAUAUCUCCAUUUCUGCCCUAGGUUUAUUUGUUGUACUUUCCUUUUUUGUUCUAGCGUGGAGGAUCAGUCCGAACAGAAAAAGGAGGGUGUCCGCAAAAUGUCUGCAGGUCAGAUCAAUGGCCAGGCAACAUAGGCGUCCGCUCGAAGGCUGUCUGGAUGACUUUCCCAUGCAUGUCACGACUCAUAUCUGUUUCUGUCCUUUGUAGCAAUCAAUUGCCUUAACAAAUAAACUGACCCACUCUGUGCUAAUGGUCUUUGACAGUCAUGUUGAUCUGAACAAAUGGGGAGCAGGCGCUUUUAUCAGUACCUGCAUGGUUCGUUGUGUGGCAUGCUAGCCCUUGUUUAGCAGACGAGGCUGUUCACCAGUGUGAUGUAAUCUGCUCUGAUUAAACCGACAAAAGAAUCAAA